AUGAUCUCCUCCAGCGCAGGCUCAUCUAUACGCAAGAAGCGCAACUUCAAGGGGUUGCAGCUGGCCGAGUCGCCCUUGUCAAGCCCAGCAGCUGCCACAACGCCCUCCCAGAGUACGGGCCAAGAAUCGGCCACCUCGAAUGCAUCGACCAUCGGCAAAUCAUCAACAGUAACUCCAGGAGGCUCCCUAUCUCUCACAGCAAAGAAUGGUCUUGACACAGAACCCAACUCGGGCGCCAACUACCACAACAAACUGACACAACAGUUGGCCAACCUGGAGCUCGGCAUCGAGUACAAGCUCGACCUGAAGAAUGAAGACCUCAAAACGCUAUCAGAACUCGGCGCUGGCAACGGUGGUACGGUAACCAAGGUGCUUCAUGAGAAAAGCGGGACGGUGAUGGCCAAGAAGGUUGUCUUCAUCGACGCCAAACCAAGCGUGCGAAAGCAAAUCCUCCGAGAGCUGCAGAUCUUGCACGAGUGCAACUCACCCUACAUUGUCUCCUUCUACGGCGCCUACCUCAGCGAGCCACAUAUCUGCAUGUGCAUGGAGUUCAUGGAAAAGGACUCGCUCGAUGGCAUCUACAAGAAAUAUGGUCCCAUCGCACCCGAGAUCUGCGGCAAGAUCGCAGUAGCCGUUUCACACGGUCUUACCUACUUGUAUGAUGUCCAUCGCAUCAUCCAUCGUGACGUCAAGCCCAGCAACAUCCUCGUCAAUGGUGCGGGACAAAUCAAGAUUUGCGACUUUGGCGUCAGUGGCGAACUCAUCAACAGUAUCGCCGACACCUUUGUGGGCACAAGCACAUACAUGUCGCCCGAACGUAUCCAAGGAGAUCAGUACAGUGUCAAGUCGGACGUCUGGAGUCUCGGUGUUUCAAUUAUCGAGCUGGCACUUGGUCGCUUCCCAUUCUCGGAGAACGGAGAGGAGUCGGAUUCAGAUGACGACGAUGCCAGCGAUCUGUUGAAUGAGGACCUUGGCGGGACACUCUCCCCGACAAAACCGGCUCCCAAGCUGCAGAUGGCCAACAAGGAAAAGCAAAAUCGCAGAAAGUCGAAAGCAGCCGGUGUUAGCUUGGCAGGAUCGAGUCAUCAGAUGUCCAUCUUGGAUCUCCUGCAACACAUUGUCAAUGAACCGCCGCCGAAGCUGCCGGAAGGUCGCUUCUCCAAGCCGAUGGAGGAGUUUGUCAACCUGUGUCUGGUCAAGGAUCCUGCAAAGAGGCCGACACCCAAGGACUUGACAAAACACCAGUACGUGAUCGCGGCAGAGGCUGCCAAGGUGGAUUUGCAAGGAUGGGUGGAUGCCAUGAUGUAG